AUGUCUGAUACCGAGGUUGAGACACCUAGAAGGCCGGUGCAGGCCCCUGGAGCGGGGGCCGGCGCUGGUGAAGCAGCAGUGAGUCACAUUAGCGUAAAACCGCCGCCGUUUUAUCCGGAUAAGCCGACUAUGUGGUUCGCGCAGCUCGACGGCCAGUUUAAUUUGACCAAGAUUACGAGUGACAGUACCAAGUUUUAUCACGCCAUAUCGGUUUUGGAAUACAAGUACGCGGUAGAGGUGGAGGAUAUUAUUACCAACCCGCCGGCGAGUGAUAAAUAUGGUACACUUAGAAGAGAGCUCAUAGCUCGGUUGUCGAGCUCUAAGCAGGAGCGUUUGAAACAAUUGAUGUCGAAAGAGGAGCUCGGCGACAGGAAGCCGAGCCAGUUCCUGCGGCAUAUCCGGAGUUUAGCGGGUGCGGAUUAUCCGGAUGACUUUAUCCGGCACUUGUGGAUGAGCCGGUUACCGACGGUGCUACAGAGUAUUGUCGCUUAUCAGGACAACUUGCCCUUGGAUACGGUAGCCCAGAUGGCGGACAAGGUGCAUGAAGUUACACCGCCGGGACCCGGUUAUCAGGUGGCUGCGGCUUCAGCAUCUAGCGUUCCAGUUUCUGUAAUCGACCAGUUGCACCUGAAAAUCGACGCGUUGACGUCGAGGCUUGACGCGAUGUCCACCUCCCGGGGCCGUCAAGGUCCGCCCCGGUCGAGGUCCCGCGGCAAGCCACGGAACCGUUCCCGGAGCCGUUCGCGGGCGGGCAAGCCCAGUGGCGACGGCCAGCGCCUAUGCUGGUACCACUACAAAUACGCGGAUAAAGCAGAUAAGUGCCUUUCCCCCUGUGCGUACUCAAAAAACUAG